AUGACACACACUGAGGAGGACAACGGCUCGGAAGUCCUCGUGGCAGCAUUCAAGAAGGAAAAUAUCACAGACUGGGAGAGCAGAACAGGGCGGUCGUCUCACCAGCAUCGUCUCAAAAUCCUCUGUUGUCAUCGUUUUUUUGUGCUUUUAGAAUGAACGAUCAGUCCUAUUUAUGUACCUUAGAAUUUUUGGUAAGAUAUGGUUUUGUAGGCCCAACUAAUGGACACAAUAGUUUUGGAGUUGCAGUUAGGUGUUAGGGUUAGGGAUAGGAGUUAGAGUUAAGGGUUGGGGUCGGAGGUUAGGGUUAGGGCUAGGGUUAGGGCAACUAUUUCUGAACCAGUCAAAGUAUAACUGCCCAUUCCCAAUAGCUUUUCUUUUUUGCAUACAACUACUUGACCUCGUCGGCUGUGCGUUUCUCGGUCCCACCUGUAAAAAUCCCUAUUACCACCGGUCCCGUAUUAGAGGUGACUGGAGUUUGUUUACUUCAGGUGGGGCUACAUAACCAAUCUGACCAGAAAGUUAGCCAGAAAUGAACAUCCCAGUGUUUUUGGCUUUUUCAAUAAAAUUUAUCCUGUUUAGGGGCCAUAUAAGUUAGUCCUACGGGAAAGUUUGUAAGAUGUGGUUAUGUAGCUCCACCUGAUGGACACAAUACUGUUGGGGUUGGGGUUGGGAGUAAGGGCUAGGGGUUAGAAGUUAUGAUCAGGAGUUAAAAUUAGGAGUUAGGGUUAGGGAUUAGGAAAAAUAUAUCUCAACCACUCAAAGUGCAACCGCCCAUUCCCAAUAGCUUUUCUUUUUGCAUACAACUACUUGACCUUGUGGCCUGUGCAUUCCUCGGCCCCACUCGUAAAAACCCCUAUUACCACCGGUGCUAUAUUACAGGUAGCUGGGGUUUGUUUACUUCAGGUGGGUCUAAAUAACCACAUCUGACCCACCUUUUUUAUUCAACCAGCGGCCUGCAUGCAUUCACCAUGUUGGCUUCCCUCAAAAAUUUACGCUGAGAGUUCUUGAGACAGCGAAACCCGCGAGGAUUGGGGAUUUUGGCUGCAAGACGUGACGAGAUAUCCCUCUCCACUUCUUUGAUUGCAAAAGACCUGUAUGACUUUGUAUGAAAAUGAUCGCUGCUACAUUGUGUGAUUCGGCAUAUGAGGUCAUAGAACUGAUUCCUGAAACUUGCGUGUUUGCUUCUGUCGGCAGUAACUCAAAAUGCUGAACGACCUAGAGAUCAGAGUGCAAAAUGGCAGGUUUCCCGGCAGGCUGCUGAUGUUGACAACGAUGAUGAUGAUGAUGAUGAUGAUGAUGAUGAUGAUGAUGAUGAUGAUGAUGAUGGUGAUGGUUAUGAUGAUGAUGAUGAGGAUGAUGAUGAUGAUGAUGAUGAUGAUGAUGAUGGUGAUGGUUAUGAUGAUGAUGAUGAUGAUGAGGAUGACGACGACAACGACGAUGAUGGUGAUGAUGACAAUGAUGGCGAUGGUGAUAGUAAUGAUGAUGAGGAGCAUGACGACGACGACGAUGAUGAUGAUGAUGACGAUGGUGGUGGUGGUGGUGGUGAUGAUGAUGAUGAUGAUGAUGAUGGUGACGAUGCUGAGGAUGGCGACGACGAGGAUGAUGAUGGUGAUGACGACGACAACGACGAUGAUGUUGAUGAUGACAAUGAUGGCGAUGGUGAUAGUAAUGAUGAUGAGGAGCAUGACGACGACGACGACGACGAUGAUGAUGAUGAUGGUGGUGGUGGUGGUGGUGGUGUUGGUGGUGAUGACGAUGAUGAUGAUGAUGAUUCCUUGCCGUCGUCAAAAUCAGAUCCUUAA